CGUCAGUAGUGCCACGUCAGCCAGCAGUGCCCCGCCACCAUGACGGGCGCAGCUCUGGGCAUGCCGGGCCAACUGGCCAACGAGUCCAUUGCCGACUACAAAAAGCGUUUUCAGAUUCAGCUCGUUGCAAUCGAGGCUGAGGAACAAUGCCAGCUGGCAGUCAAGGCUGCCCAGCUACAGGCUGAAGAAGCGGCAACAGCAGAGAAGCUGCGGCUACAGGCCGAAGCAGAUGCAGAUGCCCAGGCGCGCCGCAAGGAAGCCCAGGAUCUGCUGCUGCGGCAUGAAGCCAACAGCAUCGACAAACUCAAGUACUGGCACUUUGAACCAAACGGCGACGAGGCAACACCGGAAGAGCAGCAUAAGGAGUUCAUGGCCAAGCUAGUGACCAGGUUGGUUUAUACUUGUAACCACCUACAGUCCGAGCUGGCGAACCUCCAGCGGGCCGUGCGGAACCAUAAGACUCGGCACGAGGAUGCCACACGGGCACUGGAUGCCCGUGCAGGACCGAAUGCUGGGGCUUCCAGCAGUGCAUCCUCUAGCCGCCAACUGGAGGAACGCGUUGACCACGUAGUGGCAAUGCUUGGAGACAUAAGUGCCUUCACAGAGCCGGCCACCAUCAGCCAGCGGUUCGAGUUGCUGGACACUAAGACAGUACGAACUGGUCCGCGACAGCAGCAGUUCACUGCAGUCCAAUCGGACAGUGGAGAAGACCCAGCAGCCACUCCAGCAUCACGUGAGGGAGAUCAGGUGGCUGCUGUCCAGCCGGGAAGCAACAAGCCCCGAGUGAACGGGAAGGCGAAACCAGCAUCGCAGGCCGGAAACGGACAGCCAGCACCACCAUGGGUCAAGUUCGGCUUGACCGAGGCCGAGUACGAGUACCGCAACCGUUACGGCUGCUGUUACUGGUGCAACAACACCAAGCACAAGACCUCCAUUUGCCAAGAUCAGGCCAAGGAGGAUGUGCGGCCUCCUUCGCCGCUAUCUAUCGUCGGGGAUUCAUCGUUGUGGUCAAGACUUGAGGUGCUCGACCCACUGACGUUCACGGACUUCCAGUGGAUGCCCGUUCCCCAGACUGGACAAUUGCCGAAACCGGAUUGCAAUGUGCUCAUGGCACAACUGCGAGAUUACUUGCACACUGCAGUACCAGCUCCGUUGAUGGACGCCGGAGUAGAGGUUGUCGACCUUCACACUUACAUUGCGAAGAUCGACCGCGAGUUCAAGACACAACGUGAGGCGGUGUCCUUUGAUAUUCUGGACACCAAAUUUGACAUGAUCUUGGGCAUGUCAUGGCUGCGAAGUGAGGAUCACCCGGUGAACUUCUUCCACCGCACCGUUCACAUUUGUGAUCAGAACGGAGUAUUAGUUCCAUGCACGAUAACUCUUCCUCAUCCUUCGAUGAGCUGCCACGUGGUAUCCGCCGCAAGCAUGCGAGCAUCCAUCAUCAGAGACGACAUCGAGGAGAUGGGGGUGUGUUUUCUCCACGCCCUCCCGCCCCGAGACGCUUCAUCGACGGACUCAUCUUCGGAUCCACGCAUCACCGAACUUCUCGACGCCUAUAGCAACGUGUUCGAAGGCCCGCUCGGAGUAGUACCGGAUCGGCCCAUCCGCCACGAGAUCAUCCUCGAGGACGGCGCCGUACCUCCGCGCGACUGCAUCUACCGAAUGAGCGAGGAAGAGUUAAGUGUGCUCCGUGCACAACUCAACGAUCUUCUAGAGAAAGGCAGGAUUCGGCCUAGCUCAUCGCCAUACGGUGCUCCUGUCCUCUUCGUCCGGAAGAAGAACAAGGACCUGCGGUUGUGCAUCGAUUAUCGCAAGCUCAACGCGCAGACGAUCAGGAAUGUCGGCCCUCUCCCACGCAUCGACGACCUUCUCAAGCGAUUGGGCGGCGCCCAGUUCUUCUCUAAGCUGGAUCUCAAGUCAGGGUACCACCAACUCGAGAUUUGCAAGGAGGAUCGCUACAAGACCGCGUUUAAGACACGGUAUGGGCAUUUCGAAUGGCUGGUCAUGCCGUUUGGCCUUACGAAUGCCCCAACCACUUUCCAAGCGACUAUGACAACGGAGUUCCGACACAUGCUGGAUCGGUUUGUACUCAUCUAUCUCGAUGACAUCUUGGUGUAUCGUCGGAGUUUGGACGAGCAUGUGGAACACCUGCACACCGUUUUGGAGCGGCUACGACAAGCCAAGUACAAAGCAAACCGCGACAAGUGCGAGUUCGCACAGCAGGAGCUGGAAUACUUGGGACACUAUGUGACACCGCAAGGCAUCCGUCCGCUUGCGGACAAGAUCGAGGCCCUACGAGUAUGGCCCGAGCCCACCAACACCACGAACGUUCGUUCAUUCAUGGGAUUGGCGGGCUACUAUCAGCGAUUCAUCACCGGAUACUCCAGGAUUGCUGCACCUAUGUCGAGGUUACAGUCGCCAAAGGUGCCAUUCGUAUUUGAUGACGCCGCACGCCGGUCAUUCCAAACACUUAAGACGGCUAUGCUCAUGGCACCCGUCCUUAGCAUCUAUGACCCCACCCUGCCGACGCGAGUGACUACGGACGCUUCCGGCUAUGGCAUUGGGGCAGAGUCUGGCACAACAAUGAAACCAAGUUCGGCUCGACAUCCUCAGAYAGACGGGCAGACGGAGCGGGCACAUCAAACCGCUCAAAUGAUGCUUCGUACGCUCAUUCGUCCGGACCAGAAAGAUUGGGUUGACCGCCUCCCCGACAUCGAGUUCGCCUACAACACUUCGGUGCACCUGGUGAUCGGCGUGACUCCAUUCAAGUUGCACCACAGUGGACGGAAAGGCCGCAUCUUCGCCGACCUUCUCCUCCCUCGACCAGCCGACAUUGACGCCGCUUGCUCCCCCACUUCCAUUCGGAAGUACAGGGACUUGCUGACUCAAGCCCGCGCAAAUAUGCAAAAGGCUCAAGUUGGCAUGCAGCAGCAAGCCAACAGGCGUCGCGUACCAUGUCCCAUCCGCGCUGGUGAUCUGGUUUGGGUCUCCUCGGAAGAGUUUGCACAGGAACAAGACGUUUCACGCAAACUGCUUCCCAAGUGGUUUGGACCUUGGUCUGUGACAGCAGCCGCGGGCGACGAGCCUGAUGACCCUUCAUUUGUGAUCAACAUUCCAGAGCAUCUGACGGUCCAUCCGGUCUUCCACGCCUCGAAGCUGGCAACAUACACGCCAGCCAAGAGCGACGACUUUCCCGACUGACGAUCGCAGGACCCUCCUUCUAUGGAUGGCCAUCAGGAAGUUGACCGCGUCAUCACCGAUCGCAAAUACGGCAGCAAGCCGC